AUGAAGUUCCAGUUCAUCGACCAUGAUUCAACCCAGAAGCCUGGUGCCCGCAAGGCGAUACGAAGUCAUGUCAUGAAGGGCAAGAAUCUUGGCCGUAUCAUACAAGGUCGUGGGAAAAGACAUGCUGCACCGCAAUUAAAAGACUUACACAAGAGCCCAGACCUAUCCAAGAGGGGUGUUAGUGUAGAGGAGAGAAGGAAGAGUCUCGUUGGUGCUGUCGAUAAUGUUGGCAAUGCCUUGUUGUUCCCAGAAAUCGCAGAUACAGACACAGACACUACAUACUCUAUCAACAAUCCAUACUCGGGAAAAGAGUAUACUUACUUCUCAUUCCCGGUCCAGUUCACCCCGUCGAUGCGAUACUAUGUCUACGAAUUCCACACUGCGAUCUGCAACAUCAUAUACCCGUACAUGGUAGCAGACCAAGCCUGCUUGCACUGUCUUCUCGCCAUGGCAGCGACGUAUCUCAACAUCCUACGGAACAUCCCACCUCCCAGUGUAGAAAGUAUCGAAGCAACCCGUCACUUCUCUCAAGCCCUUCGUCUUAUGAACCCGCGUCUCAGCCAACCAUCCGCCGCUCAAGAAGACUCCAACAUUGCUAUAAUCAUAUCCCUGGCAAUCCACUCUAACAUAACUCAAAACCUCACUGCAAGCACUAUGCACCUCCAAGGUCUUGAUAACCUCCUCACCUUCCGGCCCGGCGGCAUCUCCGACAUACGUGAGUGCAACCGCCCACUCCUUCACAAGAUCUGCCGAACAGACAUCGAACUUGCCGUCGCUCAGGGCACAAGCACACGCUUCGGUAACGCGGGACUCACAGCAGCAGCGGCAGGGCCGAUAUCAGCACGGGAUCUGCGAUACCCAUUAAAUCAGAUGAGUGAAUUGUUACGGCAGGUCACACGUGAACUGUUGGCGCUGUGCCGAAGACCCGGAAAGACAAAGAUGUCGGGUCUGCAGUAUCAGGAUGUGCUUAUCUCGAUGUGGCAGAGACUGGUCGACUUUGCGCCACUGGGUGGUACGAGGCCGCAAGAUCUGAUGGAUGAUGUGUGGCAGCUGGCCUUGCUGGCGUUCUUGGUUACCGUCACAUGGUCUGCGAGUCAUCUCAAGAGUGUACACUGUAAGCUCUUGCACAAGCUUCUUAGGGGCCAUGUUGAGAGUCGUGUACUACUGGAGAGGGGAGAAGAGUAUCGGCCUUUGUGGUUCUGGGUAGUGUUGGUGUAUGGGCUUUCGUUGACGAAUGUGAAUUGCGAUACGCUUGUCCUGCGUGAAAUUCGCAAGGCCUCAGAGCUAUUAGGGAUAGGGAAAUGGGAGGAAGCGAAGGCAAGAAUGAAGCCGUUGCCGUGGAUCAACAUUGUCCAUGAGGUUCCUGGAAGGGCUUUAUGGGAAGUGGCUGUAGUUUAUGUUCGGCCUCAGUCUUUCACGUUUAUCCCAAGUGAUGAGGAGACUUGA